AUGGUUUAUCCAUCCCGUCAACAUGUCUUGAAGACUUUUGAACAUCUCAUCAAGGUGUUACCAGCGGCCGAGCAAACCAAGCCACAGAUAUUACUGCUAGCUGGAGAAGUUACACCCUAUCGCAAUGAUACAGAUCGCGAGAUGGUCUUUCGCCAGGAAUCUAAUUUCUUCUAUCUUUCUGGCUGUACAGUACCGUCAUCGUACCUUCUCAUAUCAUACCAAGCUGGAACAUCGUUGGCCCAAACUCCUUCCAUAGAUUUGUUCAUUCCCAAGAUAGAGCUCGCAGACCUUAUGUGGUCGGUCCCUCCACCGACUCUGGAUGCCGCAAAAAUGAUUCAUGAUGUCACCAAAGUGGACCAUCCAGACGCUCUGCCAGCCGCCAUCGACACAUUGACGAAAGCAUUCCCGGACGCCCUCUUCCACACCCUUCCUCGGUCCUCCCCCUUGUUCCCAGCCAUUCCCGAUCAAUAUACGCAAGCUGUCCUGACUACUGAAGGUGGAGCCGUGACAGAUGCAUUCUUGCUCUCUGCCCUUCACCGAGCAAGAUUGAUCAAAGACGAGGACGAGAUCGCCAUGAUUCGGCACGCGAACCAUAUAAGCUCAAGGGCGCAUGAGACCGUCAUGCGGGUUCUUGGCUCUGCCGUGAAGGGAGGUAUUCAGCGCGGAGCUGGGGCUGGCAUUAAUAGACCGCUUCUCCCGGGGGAAUGGUUAAUUGAAAAGGAAGCCGAAGCUGAAGCGAUAUUUGUGGCGUCAUGCAGAAGGGAAGGGGCUGUUCAUCAAGCGUAUCUCCCUAUCGUAGCUGCGGCAACGCGCGCAUCCACACUCCACUAUUGCUGCAAUGACCGGGAAUUCGCUUGGGGUCCGGUUCAGCCGCAUGAUCAUCGUAACCACUCUGAGUUCGCACAUGCUGGCGGUAAAGAAUUCGUCCCUCAGGUCCUGCUCAUUGACGCAGGGUGUGAAUGGAGUUGCUAUGCUUCGGACAUCACACGAACGAUGCCUGUGGGAAACGGCGGGAAGUUUAGCCCCGAGGCGCGAGAUAUUUAUGAACUCGUCCUCGAGAUGCAAAAGUCUGCCAUGAACAUCAUAAAGCCUGGUGUACAUUGGGAUGCCGUUCAACUACUUUGUCACCGUAUUCUCGUCAAAGGUUUCCAAAAGCUCGGGAUCUUCAAGAGUCCCGAUUCUCCUGCAUCUGGUUCUUGGAACGCGGAGGAGGCCAUAUUGGCUUCUGGUGUGAGUAGCGCAUUCUUCCCCCAUGGCCUUGGUCAUAGCUUGGGAAUGGACGUGCAUGAUGUUCCCAGUGCCAGCAAGCCUGCCGUCAAUGAUACCAUCGGAAAAGGUAUCGAAUUAGGACACUCAAGCUUCUACGACUACUUGAGGUUGCGAUUACCAUUGGAAGCUGGGAUGGUCGUGACUGUUGAACCCGGAUGCUACUUCUCUCCGCAUCUUCUCGCUCCCAUCCGAGAAUCGAAGCACAUCAAUCAUGAUGUCCUUAAGAGGUACGAACCUGUAGGAGGGGUACGGAUCGAGGACGUUGUUCUGAUUACAGAGGGCGGAUUUGAGAAUCUCACGACUGUUAAAAGCGAUACAAAGUGGAUAGAAGCAGUAUGUUCAGGAGAGAUUUGA